CCAUGUUAUAUUGUUGCAUUAUCCCUGGGAGUUAUGUGUGUUAUCCUCCUGGUGGCAAUCACAGGCUUAAGAUCUAUAUUUUUUCAGAAAUGUCCUGCACACACGAUGCAGAAUAAGAAUGACACAAAGGAAAAAGAUGCUUCCUUAGGAGAGGUUGAAGAUGACUCAAUUUUACCACCUAUUAUAGAAGAAGAGAAAAGUUGGGACGAGAGUAAGAAGUCAUGUGAAGAUAUGAAUUCUAGUCUCAUGAAGAUUGAUAAUAAAGCAGAGCAGAACUUCAUUCAAUCAAAAAUAAGAUACAAUUACUGGAUUGGAUUAUAUAAAGUAGGAGCUAAGCAUCCCUGGAAGUGGCUGGAUGGCACACCCCUAUCUCAGACGGUGUAA